AUGAUCCUGCGCUGUAUGCAGUCCUCGGGCAGCAGUGGCACGAUUGCAUUGGGCACUGCUGUCAUAGCCGAUCUCUCGACUCGCGCCGAGCGAGGAAAGUAUACUGGAUACGCUGGAAUUGGAAUGGCACUAGGUCCGACACUUGGACCCGUUAUCGGUGGGCUGUUGGACCAUUUCCUGGGCUGGCGAUCGAUAUUUUGGUUCCUGGUCAUUCUAUCGGGUGUUUGCUUUGUUGUCAUCCUUGUUGUGUUUCCUGAGACAUGUCGAGCCGUCGUGGGAAAUGGGUCGGUGCCGCCAGCCUCGUGGAAUCGCCCACUGUGGACAUUAUUCAUCCGAACAUCACGAUUCGACGACCAACAAGGGUUCGCCGAUCACUCCACCAUUCAGGAACUGAAGAAGCGUCCAAACCCAAUUUCAGCUCUUUUGAUAGCCACGCAAAAAGAAAUGAGGUUGGUUCUAUUGUACGGAGCCUUUUUGUACGCAGGGUACAUGGCUGUGAUUAGCACUUUGUCGACCGAGUUGGCGAGUCGAUUUGGAUUCAACUCUAUCGAAAUUGGGCUGUGCUAUCUUCCCAUGGGCAUUGGGACCAUAAGCUCGCGCUGGGUAGUUGGCCGACUCUUGGACUGGAACUUCCGCCGCGAGGCACAUUUGCAGGGAAUGAUCAUUCACAAGAACCGACAGCAGGAAAUUGAACACUUUGAUAUCGAACGAGCACGCCUGGCGAUUACUCUUCCACUGAUCUAUGUGGCUAGUUUUUGCAUUUUAGCUUAUGGUUGGGUGAUGCAGUAUCGAACUUCCCUGGCUGGCCCCCUUGUGAUGCUGUUCUUCACUGGUCUUACAACUACAAGUGCAUUCAACACCCUGAGUACUUUGGUUGUGGAUAUCAAUUACAAAAGCGCCGCCACCGCUGCCGCAGCAAACAAUUUAUUUCGCUGCCUUAUGGGAGCUGGAGCCGCGGCUAUUGCGUCCCCUUUGAUCAAAUCCAUCGGCAUUGGAUGGACUGCUACAUUCAUCGCUGGCCUUUGGGUAUUGGGAAGUCCUGCUCUAUGGAUUGUUUACUACCGGGGGUACCGAUGGAGAAGGGAACUUACCCACGAGCACGAGGAUAAAUCUGAAAAUUCUUCUCAUGAUUUGUCAAUCCCGCCAAAAAAAUGA